AUGGCUGAGAUUGUCAAUGUUGUCGUUGCUUUUGCGGUCAUUGUCUUUUUGUUUCGGUGGAUAACCAAGAGCAAGUCGACUCGUAGGUCAACGCUGCUGGUACUGAUGAGAGGCAGGCAGCGAUUCUUCGUCCGAGCGCAGUGCCGCCGACACGUUGGGAUUCAGGCCAAAGAAUGUUACCCCAGAAAUGGUUCGUCGUCGCUAUACUGUAAUGUCCCUCAUUUUACACUCCAGAAGAUCGACACCAUACACAACAUGUUUCCAGACAUUCCUCCAGAGAACAUUCGCUAUGAUUUGCUCCGCACUGGGAGUGUCGAGCUCUCCUCAAACAAAAUUCUUGAGCGCGGCUUCCUAGAUCCUCCGCCCCCAGCAUACUUUACGCUUUAUCCACGGACCCCAGAAGCAACAAGGGCGCCACAAUCCGCUACUUCGACUUCAUCCGCUGUCCGUCAUUCCGCCCCACAACCAACGCUCAUCGAACGAUAUAAUCUUCAAAGUCGCGUUAAAGAGCAGGAAAGCAUCUCCGAGUUGGAUGUCGGUGGCAAAGCCGUUUGGGAGGACACUGCAGCCAAACGGGAAGCUAGUUUGAAAGAGCGGAAGGCUCAGAUGAUUCUGGCUGCACGACAGUUCGUGUUUCCCUUGCUCGCCAAAAAAAAGCAUUCACCCACGUCUUCUAGAAGGAUGAUGGCCGCAGGGCAGCAAAAAACUGCUUCAUGA